AUGCUGAACGCCGCGGCAUCCUUCUCCUCUUCUGCUACCAACAUGCUAGGCUUCAACAUCAUCGCCACCACCACAAGAAUGCCUCGCUCGGUACCACAGCUCCUGCUCUUUCUCGGAUCGAUCGGCGUCUUCACAACCGUCUGGGCCUCGCUUCGGCAAACACUCCAGAGCGCACGCGACGAUGAGCUCGAGCGGACACAGAGCGAGGCCGAGUUCCGAGAGAAGUACGACUCGUGGGUGGGCAGCGACGGCGGCGGCGGAGGUGGUGUACCUAUCGGCAGGGGAGAACCACAAGGACGUGUGGGGUUGGGGGAAGAGGGAGUAAGAGGGGGGACAACGAAUCGAGGGAUGAUUGGUUUCUCUUCCUUCGAAAUGUUUCACGCCGCGUUGUUGGUGGGAUCGAAGACCGCCUUUCUUGCUGGCGAUAUGGUUUCUUAG